AUGAGCCUAUCAUUUACCUCCAAGCUACCAGGGGCAGGCCAUUUCUCGCAACCAUCCCAUGCGGCUAUUCAAGCUUUGGAUGACCUCCACCGCUGCCAAGUCGACCUCAACCAUCAUCAUCAUCACCAGCAACACCCUGACCUCGUCGGCUCUUCGCCUGUACAUACUGUCGAGGGGGAAGACGAUCUUUCCAUACACGGCUCACACUCGUUUGCAUCUCUUCUCGGCGGACCUGUCGAUCUCUACACGGCCAGCGCUGGCAGUCAACUUUCCGACAGCAUUCAAUUCGCACAUUUCUCCGAUAGUCUUACAAAACGCAAUCCUUACCAAAGUGUCAUUUAUCCUGCACCUUUACCAUUUACGACGCCAUAUCAACGAUCCUUGACUCUCAACCAACCCAUUUCUAGUCAUGAGAUGACGACCACAAUCACCGCGCCCGGUUCUCCCCCGGAGCUUUCAGGGUCAAGGUCUUCGAAAUCCUCCUCCUACCAGUCUUCACACCUCGAUGGUCCUGACGCAAUCACGAAUGAUGUUUCGAACUUCGAGGAAAUAGGUCUCGAGGAAGACGCAGAGGAACCAUGUGCAGAACCAGCUGCAUGGAAGCGGAAGGGGCCUGCGGACAGAUCAACUUCUCGUGUCUCCUUGAUGAGUGCACAGCCGCUCAUGCCUGCACGGGAUCUAACUACUCAUCACCAAAGGCCGACAUACCCCAGUUUACAAGGUCAAAUUCACCAUGCGCUCAACAAUACGAAAGUCAAUGGGCCAGGCCUGCCCAAAGCUGGAGGUGCAUCAGCAGGAGGAUUAAAACGGGGUUUCACUGCACCGCCAACCACAACACUGCCAAUGCUUAUACCAGGCUGUCCGCCACGGACAAGAUCGUCAUCGCCAUCACCGAAGCACCCUGCGUCAGCAUCUUUUGCCAUCACUGGCCACAAUAUCAGAACGGGACCACCGAAUAGGUCUGCUAAGCCACCGAGUCGGCGGGGAUCAUGGCAACCAUCUCGGAAAACCAUCAAAGAAUUGGAAGCCGAGUAUCAUGAUUCAGAUGACGAACUGCCGAUCGACGCCAGUCUCUGGAAUGUCCCAAUGUCUCCACGCCCACCUACUGCUCGUUCCUCCUCCGCAAGGUCAAGCAAACGUGGCUCCCCCGAAAGGGAUGCCAUUAGCAACGGCCCUCGACCAAUCCCCCUGGCGCAUGCCGCGUCCGCUCCAGAAUCACACCCUCCUCUUCCCAUCUCCCAAUCUCUUCCCCGAAACCAACCGCCUCCUCGAACUUCGUCGCUCCAGGCUGCUACCUCUGCAGCCAAUUCACCUAUUUCGUCAAGCGCUCCUGGCUUCUUUGGUGAUACUCGCUCAAAAUCAUGGACACUUGCAAUGGCAGAUCUAUCUGAGGAAGCUCGUGUGCUGACGGAGACCUUGGAGUCUCAUGCGGACGAGAAGGGCAGAUUGCACGAAGAAAACAUACAGAAUGGCGUCAAGUCAUCUCGUCCGAGCCUCGAAUCGAACGCAUGGCGCAGUGCACGUGGUAGUGCUGUUGAACUGCCCCCAAUACAGAAGGGGAAUAUCCUGAUAGAUCCCAUGCCUCUGAGCAAAGAAAAGGAAGCCGUGCUGACCAGGACGCGACCUUCUUGGUUGCCGCCCAAAGAUCCGAAAGAAGAAAAAAGGCAUCUGAAAGAGUAUCAACGAAUGAUGGCAGCAAGCCUUGAUGCUGAAAAGAAGAAGGAAGACAAGGCCAAAUCACGGCAAUGUGAGAAGGACGAUACCCGAGAGGCGUUGGAUCGAAUCUGGCAACAGUAUGUGUAUCCGGAUUGGGACCGGGUCACGCACGAACACCGUACUAGAGAACUGUGGUGGCGUGGUGUUACCCCUAAAGUCCGGGGACAGAUCUGGCUGCGUGCGGUUGGAAACCCUUUGGGGCUAACGCAUCUAUCGUAUACAAGGGCUCUUCAAAGGGUCAAGAGUCUGCGAGCCAGACCUGUAGAGGGUCUGAGCGAGAAGGAGCGGUCAAUGCGCACGUGGUAUUCAGAUAUCGAGAGGGAUGCCGAGUUCGCGUUCCCUGAACUGAACUUGUUCCAAAUACAAGGGCCCAUGCGGCAAGAGCUGAUAGAUGUUUGCUGUGCCUAUGUCUCGUACAGAAAUGAUGUAGGGUACCUCUAUGGCAUUCAGCUGAUUGCUGCCCUAAUGCUGCUUCAACUCCCUGCUCCAGCUGACGGCUUCAUUCUUUUGGCCAACUGCCUGAACGGGCCCUUGGCUUUGGCAUUUCUCACCAAUGACUCUAGCUCAGCCACAAAAGCUCUACAGCAUGCAGACUCGACCCUCCUCUACAAACUUCCUAGGCUUCAUAAUCAUCUGUUCCGUUCGCAUGAGGACGGUGGUCUCGGCAUGCAUCCGGCCGAGGUUUUUGAAGCCAUGUUCCGCACCCUUCUCACCAAUGGCCUAGACGUCGAAAGACUCGUGCGAGUGUGGGAUUGCUUUGUUUUUGAGGGUGAUAGAAUUAUCACUCGUGCUGCUGUUGCUCUGCUUGGCUGCCUGCAAGCACAGAUUUUCGGCUUCGAGGGCUCGCCGCAGGAGAAGAGGAGAAUGGUCAAGGAACUAUUGGGUUGGGGUCCUACAGGAAGAGUGCAUGGCUACUGGCACGUGCGUGGAGAUGCGGAUUCCUUCAUGGCCGAUGUGAAGGAGGCAGGAAAAGUUAACCUGGGAGAGGAGUAA